GUCACAGCCUCAGCCAGACUGCGAAGGGUAAGGAAAGCGUCGCACCAUGGGGCAGAGGAUGGGAGCUGUUGAAAGAUCCUUUGGGGUGAUGGACGUGCCAGAGCUCAGAGGACAGAGCAGGGUGUGAAGGCGGAGCCCUAUGGAGAGUCCGACAGUGCAGCCGUACGUCGAUGUGGACAAGGGGUUUGCCAUUGGGUUUGUCAUCCUGAUGUGCGUUUUCUUGAUGGCCAUGAUCGUGAGGUGCGCCAAGCUGAUUGUGGACCCAUACAGCGCCAUCCCCACCUCCACUUGGGAGGAAGAGCAGAUCAAUUGACUGACAAUAAAUAGGAGGAAAACUGGCUAAUCAGUUCCUUGUGGGUGACUCUUUUGCCUCUUGUGGUCCCUGUAAUCCCCCACCCCUGCACAGAUAAUGAAGAUUCUGUAGCUUAAAUUGUGCAUUUGUCAGAUUCUAACACUAUUGAUAAUACCUGGUAUCUUCCAUCUAAGGAUCUCAAAGCACUUGACAAUUAAUUCAGCUUCAUAAGA